AUGUCAACUUAUGGAAACGCAUCGACGUUUAUGUCGUCUUUCAAUGAGGCGAGCUGGCUCGGUGAUAAGACAUUCGACCAGCUGUCAUCUGGCCACAAGCUACUUGGGACCAUCUUGGUUGGCUUGACCCUGACAUGGAUUUUGUCUCACUUGACGACAAAAACAAACGACCUUCCAAUGAUUAAUGCUCCCAGGUUCUGGGAACCUCGGCUUCUGGUCCAACUGUCCUUUCUAUUCAAAGCAAGAAAGUUGGUGGCAGAGGGACUGAAGCUGCAACGCGCAUUCCGCAUCCUGACUGACAUUGGCGUCAUCACGGUGCUACCGUCAGAGUUCGCAGACGAAAUUCGCAGCGACUCCCGAUUGAGCUAUCCUCAAGUGAUAACGGAGAACUUUCAUGCGCGUUUUCCCGGCUUUGAAGGGUUCCGCGAAGGCACCACAGAUGCGACUCUGAGCCGUGACAUUGCCAGAAAACAUCUUACUCAAUCACUUGACAAGGUGACAGGCGCUCUUGCGGAGGAAUGUACCGCUGCGCUGCAAGACCAUUUCCCGGAUGUGCCAGAAUGGCAGGAGAUUAACCUUCGUGAACAUGUGCUGUUGCUCGUGGCGCGCCUAUCCUCACGCGUCUUUCUUGGGGAGGAAGUCACAAGAGAUAGCGCGUGGAUCAAAAUCACGACAGAGUAUACCACGGAUGCCUAUGUGGCUGCGAAGAUUCUUCGUCUGUGGCCAGCAAGUCUGCGUCCGGUUGUCCAUUGGUUUCUGCCAUGCUGUAUCAAGCUGCGGCGUCACGUCGCUAAAGCCAGAACCAUCAUCGUCGCGACCAUCGAGCAACGCCGGCAGGCCAAAGAAGCAGCCGUCAAGUCUGGAAGUCCUGUCCCAGUCUUUAACGAUGUCAUAGAAUGGCUUGAACAGGACUCCGACGAGAAGACGAGCAACUAUGACCCUGUCGUGGCACAACUCAUCUUAUCUCAGGCAGCGAUUCACACAACGACAGACUUGCUGACACAAGCCAUCCUCGAAAUUGCCGCUAAUCCAGACAUCAUAGCGCCGCUGCGCGAGGAAGUCGGUCAAAUAGUGGGCAAAAGCGGAUGGAGCAAGGCAUCGCUCUACGAAAUGAAGCUUACCGAUAGCGUGCUGAAAGAGAGCCAGCGUAGGAAACCGCUUGCGAUGACUUUCAUGCACCGUUUAGUCCUCGAGGAUGUCAGGCUUUCCAAUGGGGACAGGAUCCCAAGCGGGAGCGUCAUCGGCGUGUCGGCGAACAAAUUGUGGGAUCCAGCCGUACAUGAGAAUCCGGAGAAGUUCGACGGAUACCGAUUCGUGCGCAUGCGCGACAGCGCCGACAGCAAGCAGGCGAACCAGGCGCACCUUGUCAGCACCAGCCCGAACCACCUAGCUUUCGGCCAUGGCAAACAUGCGUGUGCCGGCCGCUUCUUCGCCGCGCAUGAGUCAAAGAUGGCGCUUGCCAAUUUGCUGUUGAGAUAUGAUUGGAAACUUGCGCCGGUCUCGGCUAACGAAAAGCCUGUCGAGUUUGGCCUGGUGCUUGUUGCGAAUCCAAAGGCGAGGAUAUGUAUUCGCAGACGGCAAAACGCAUGA